AGUUUAGGGCGCUUUCAAAUUCUUCCUGUUACGAGUAGCUAAAUUACAGGUUGUCCCGUCUUAAAUGAAUCAGAAACCGAAAGAGCAACAGAUUGUACUCCUUGUAACGCCAGCCUAACAGAUCCAAUUGACAGGAUAACUUAUUCUACGGACAAAAGUAAAUCGAGUUCGAAAAAAAUGGCAGAUGAGGCAGAGCCAAUUGGGGACGUUGCGGAGGAGCUCGAGGAUGUCACCGAUGCAAAGCCGGACAGAAAGGGCAGAUUCCUUCUCUUUGGGUCUAAGAAGAAGAAGGAUGGACCAGCGUUGGGUCAGGACCACUCUACUGAAAGCCAUUACAGAAUUGUUUCACCAACAUUCCAGUAUAAGAUGAGCCACCAGCGAGUGGGCAAGUGCGUCAUCAUCAACAACAAGAACUUUGAUGAGAAAACAGGGAUGAAUGUGCGAAACGGGACGGACCGAGACGCCGGAGAGCUGUUCAAAUGCUUCAAGAGCCUGGGCUUCGACGUCUGCAUUUACAACGACCAGACCUGCGAGAAGAUGGAGCGCCUGCUGCGGGAAGCUUCCGAGCAGGACCACAGCGACAGCUCGUGUUUCGCCUGCAUCUUGCUGAGUCACGGGGAGGAGGGGAUGAUCUACGGCACGGAUGGCGCCAUGCCCAUCAAGAGCAUCACCUCCCUGUUCAGGGGAGAUAUGUGCAAGAGCCUGGUGGGCAAGCCAAAACUCUUCUUCAUCCAGGCUUGUCGGGGUGCGGAGUUUGACGAUGGGAUACAGACGGAUUCUGGUCCGCCCAAUGAGACUGUGGAGACUGACGCAAACCCCAGACACAAAAUUCCAGUGGAGGCAGACUUCCUGUUUGCAUACUCUACCGUGCCAGGUUACUAUUCCUGGAGGAAUCCUGGCCGGGGUUCCUGGUUCGUGCAGGCACUCUGCAAUGUCCUGAACGAGUUCGGCACGAAGCUGGAGAUCAUGCAGAUUCUCACACGUGUCAACUACAUGGUGGCCACCAAUUUCGAGUCCUGGUCCGAGGACCCGCGCUUCAGCGAGAAGAAGCAGAUCCCCUGCGUGGUCUCCAUGCUCACCAAAGAACUGUACUUCAACUGACCGACCAAGUCCACCGCGACCGGUCGCACGUUCAGGGAUGACAAGACCCCCCCCCGGGGGCGCCAAACGUGACCAGGUCGGCGCAGGAGGAAGGUGUCGGUGCCCCCCGGGGGGGAAACACAGCUCUCAGCUUCGUCUUCAACGGCACUCUGCGUACAAUGUGUGGUGAUGCUCGCCUCUCAAGGUUAUCCUUUGGUCACGCAACCUUCUGUCGACAGGCAGUGUGGAAUAUCAAUGUGAUUCACCUGACCCAGAAAUGUGAUGCACUUAGCCCUUCAACCGCCAAUCCAAUCCUCAAUCAAAGAAGGCUCUCGUCCUACAAUUACAGAAAUUACAGAAACCGUCUACAAGCCCUUACCCCAAGAAGAUGUAAUUGCUCUUAGAUGAGCAACGUGUGGAAAAAAAAAAAACAAAUAUUAUCAAGUAUGGAGCGUCUGAUGCCAACAGUUGUGGGGUUCCCAUCCAACCACUUUUAUGUGAAUUUUUAAUUUUGAAAUGCCUGAAAUUCUGCGAUGAAGGGUGAUGGAAACAGUUUUUUAAAAUAAAUGAUGACAUGCUUUUGCUCCCGAAAGCCCAAAAAAGGACAGCUGGCAUUUUGAUUAUGUAAUAUUGUUGUGUCGGCUUCAGAAUAUUCGCAUAACAGUAGUUGAUGGAAACGCAUUGUGAUUCAUAUUUUAUUUUGCUGACUUUUCGUAAAUUUGCUUCAUAUUUUCGAACAUUGAACAUUUGAAACUUAUCAAGUGACUGUUACAGACAGUAAUGACUGAGGCCUCUCAAACCCAAAAUUAGGGUUGAUUGAUUUGAACAUAUAAAUUCUAGCCAAGGAGAAAAUCCUUUGAUUGGUUCAAAUCAGACAGUUGUUGACAACACAUGGUCCCUUUUUAAUCCAUUUUUUGAGUUGAUUAAAUUCAUACAUACUAUUCAUCAGUCAUAAAUUCAAACUGCAGAAAUGUAUCCAGAUGCUGUAAAACAAUUUGUUCAUACAGGCCUAAAUGUAGACUCAUUUGACUGCUCUGAAAUUCACAGAAUUAAGACUCACUUUUAAGACUCACAUUAGUCUUACUGCCUGACACAGAAACAUAUGCUCAGCAUGCAGUUGGGUAAAUAUCAUGUUUUGUAGAGUACUGUUAGGACAGCAAGUCUUAAAACACAGCAUAUAAGCAAGGAUUCAAAGGGAAGAAGACCAAAUUUGAUAUGAGCUAUAAGCUAUCUAAGUAUGCGUUGUACUUAUAUUAUUUUGCAUUUAGACCAGGUAUCAUUUGAUCAUAUUUACCUGAGUAUUCUUUGUAAUAGUUUUUCUUCGCACAUCCAGUGAAAGGCCGAAGUUCCGUAUUCAGCAAGUGUGGUGUCUUAUCUGUGAAUUUCAGGCUGUCGUAACCAUAGCGAUGGUAAUGUAAGAACACUUUGACCUGUAACAUUUUGUGCCAUAAUGUGCAAGCAGGAAAUGUUUGAAAUGAUGGCAGAGAUUACAUUACAAUGUACGGCUUAAUUUAUGGAGUCUGCUGGCUCCCAAAAUUUGUACUGUCACUGUAUUCACAUUAUAUUCAUAUCAUCACAUAUGUAUCGAUUAAAAACAUAUACACUCAGUGAGCAGUUCAUUAGGCAGGCCUGUAUACCAGCUUGUUAAUGCAAAUAUGAAAACAUUUUUUUAAUCAGGCAGUCAUGUGGUAGCAACUAAAUGCAUGAAAGCAUGCAGGUGUAGUCAAGAGGUUCAGCUGUUCAGAUAAAAUGUCCGAAUGGGGAAGUGACUGUGAAAUGUGAUCUAAGUGACUUUGACUGUGGAAUAAUUGUUGGUGCCAAAAAGGGUGGUUUGAAUAUCUCAGAAACUGCUAAUCUAUGGCAGAGAAUGGUGCGAAAACCAAAAAACAUCCAGUGAGCAGCAGUUCUGCGGGUAAAAUCGUGUUGUUAAUGAGAGAGGUCAGAGGAGAAGGGCCAGGCUGACUGAAGGUGACAGUAACGCAAAUAACCACGUUAUAACAGUGGUAUGCAGAAGAGCAUCACUGAACCUCUUCAGUGGAUAGGCUACAGAGGCAGAAGAUGAGUCUAUUAAAUACCCAAUGAAGUGCCCACUGAGUGUACACACAUUCAGCAACAGUAUACGAGUCAUGACCCAUCACAAAUUAUUUCACAUGUCCUUCCAUGUCUUUAUAUUCAAAGCACAAAUCGAUGCUUUGUUGUACACCAGUCCUGUACAAUGAGCGGUAUCUACCCCUGACAGGACAAAGCUCAUUUUUAAAAGCACACAUUUCUUUGGGAUUAAAGGUUGUUAUUUAAUAUUCACUGCAUGUUCCUUCCAAAGUCAGAAAGGCAGUUUGUUAAUCUACAGAGGCAGCUAUUACUGAUGAUAACUUUCUCAAUUAUAUGUCUGACCAUCCACCAUCCAUUUGUCCCAACCAAUAUGUAAUGUUCUCUCAACUUUUUGUAACUGUGACAGUGUUACAACAACAUUACAUUAGUUACAUCACAAGGGAAUUACGUAUUGGCUUGGAAUACAUUCACCAUGGUAAAUUACCAGUCUAUUGUAUGUUCCUUUUCCUUUUCAUUUUCAGUCGCUUUCUUUUUUUUAAAUUUGAAAUAUUUCUAUUAUUAAACUGUAGUUAUGAGAUGGUGCAGUUGGCAUCUUCAAGGUUAUGCUUUGGCUGGUUUAAGCCAAAUAUUGAAAUAUCCCACUGUGAGAACUCGGACACACAUGUAAACAUGUUCUUCAGUAUCCAUCAUGGACCUGUGAAGUUUAUAAAUAUCAAUCAAUAAUCAUUGGUUUUGCGGUCAAUCCAUGAUAUUGCCCGAUGUGUUGCCAAAGGAGUGUUUGCUCCAGUUGUUUUGGAAUGGAAUUGAAGGGAAAGUAAUAUUUUUAGAAGUAAAAUGAAGUGUUUAAUGCUGAUGACCUCAGGAAUAUAUUUUUAAAAUAUUUGGAACUAUGAAUUAUUAAGUUUUAAUGGGCACAAAAUUCACUCAAAUUGCAGAAAUAUGGCUGGAAUCUAAGAAUUUAUGACCCAUGGUGUAUUUUUGAAAAAGUUAAAAAAGGUGAAAAAAUUUCUUCACUGAAAAAGAAUGACUAUGUACACUCAAUGACUGUGUUUUAUUAAAACGUGAAGAUUCUA